GGGAGAGGGGUGGGAGAAGGUAGGAGUGGGAGUUUGGGAUUAGCAGAUAAAAACUGGUAUAUAUAGAAUGGAUAAACAACAAGGUCCUACUGUAUAGCACAGGGAACUAUAUUCAAUAUCCUGUGAUAAACUAUAAUGGAAAAGAAUAUGAAAAAGAAUGUAUAUAUAUGUAUAACUGAGUCACUUUGCUGUACAGCGGUAAUUAACAUUGUAAUUCAACUAUACUUCAAUAAAAAAUUGAAAAAAAAAGAAAAAAUGCUAAGUGGUAGGCCUUUGUAUUUGACUAUAUGUAAAACUUUAAAGGAGCUGAAGAGUCAGAACUACUGUAUGAAUUAAAAUCAAUGGAAAAUAUGUGGUUGUGUGUUUUGUUUUUCCAGAGAUUCUGAUGAAAUGCAAGAGGAUUGUUAGAUAUGGGGCCCAGGUAGGAGGUGAUGUACCUGGAAGUCUUAAGACUCAUCGGAAAGUGUGAACUGCUUUUUUAAUAAAGCAGAGAAAAGGCAGAGUGCUGUGAUAGCAGGAUUCUCAUUUGUGGAGCUCUCUGAUCUAGGUUUCCAUUCUGAAGAGAAAUGAAAUUACUGCAGAGCAUUUCUGCCCACUUCCCUGAGGCAGGAAGCUGUGGCUCAUGUUACAGAAUAUUGUUAUUUAGGAGAAAAAAAGAGGUGGCUAGAGCUCACCACCAAGCCCUGGAAUAAUUGCAUUCAAAUUCAAUUCAAAUUUGCUUUGAAAAGCAAAAAUAAAUGGGAACACACUAAGAAAGAAAGGUAUUUGUCCAUAGCUGCCUUAAUCACAUAUUUAUGUGAAACAGUGGUAAAUGGAAAGAAGUUCUCAUUAUCAAGAUACUGUGGGUUUAUUGUGAAUAAUUAUCUUAAAUCUGUUCUGUACAUUUACACAAAUUGAAAAUUAUCUCUAAUCUAGAUUGCAGAUGGGCAGAGAGAGCUUAUUGAGUCAUACAGUGUCAAAAAGAGACACUUUAUUGGAAAUACAAGCAUGGAUGCUGGUUUAUCAUUCAUCAUGGCCAACCACGGAAAAGUGAAAGAAAAUGAUAUUGUAUUUGAUCCAUUUGUUGGAACAGCAGUGUACUCUAAAUUGGGUCUUCUCAAAACUCACUCUAACCAAAUGGAUAAGGUUCUGUUUAAGGAACACAGGAAAGCUUUUCUGUUCCCCUUGGCAACUAGUUCUUCUAGGUGGCCUUCUGAUAGCAUCUGCUCAUUUUGGUGCAUAUGUAUAUGGGACAGACAUAGACUACAACACCGUUCAUGGCUUGGGAAAGGCUAGUAGGAAAAACCAGAAAUGGAGAGGACCAGAUGAAAACAUUAGGGCAAAUCUUCGUCAAUAUGGUUUAGAGAAGUAUUACCUUGAUGUCCUGGUUUCAGAUGCAUCUAAACCUUCUUGGAGGAAGGGCACAUACUUUGAUGCAGUCAUCACUGAUCCUCCAUAUGGUAUUAGAGAGUCUACAAGAAGAACGGGUUCACAGAAGGAAAUACCAAAGGGGAUAGAAAAAUGUCCAGAAAGCCACGUUCCUGUUUCCUUGAGUUAUCAUCUGAGUGAUAUGUUUUUUGACCUGUUAAACUUUGCAGCUGAGACCCUCGUAUUAGGUGGAAGACUAGUCUAUUGGUUACCAGUGUACACACCAGAAUACACUGAAGAGAUGGUACCCUGGCACCCUUGCUUGAAACUCAUCAGCAACUGUGAGCAGAAGCUUUCCGGUCGCACAUCAAGGCGCUUGAUAACGAUGGAAAAGGUGAAGGGAUUUGAGAACCGGGACCAGUAUUCACAUCUGCUGAGUGAUCACUUUCUGCCGUACCAAGGUCAUAAUUCCUUCCGUGAGAAAUAUUUCAGUGGGGUAACAAAAAGAAUUGCCAAGGAAGAAAAAUCUAGCCAGGAGUGAAAAUUAGGAUUUUGACAAUGGAGAAAGAAUAAGGAUUUGAUAGAAAAGACAUCUGGAUGUGAACUUUCAUGUAUGAUACAGAAAAUGUACUGUUUUAAAUAAUUUUAUAUAACAAAUGCUAUAAAGUCAACUGAACAAUUCUUUUAAUGUUAACUUUGUUUUAUAGACUAUUUUGUUGUAUGUGUUCUUUUGAACUUUAUAUUUAUGCUUUCAAGUAUUAUGGAAAUUGAAAACAGUUAUAUUUUUGGUAAUUAAUUUACAAAUGGUGUUGACUUUUUAAACAGAUAUCUGCUGGAUAUGUUAUAGGCAUUAGUA